AUGUCUGGCAAGAUUAAUGCGAUUAAUCAGGCUGAUGUCCAUCGGAUCACAUCUGGGCAAGUCAUUAUUGACCUCGUGGCAGCGGUGAAAGAGGUGGUAGAGAAUAGCUUGGACGCGCACGCAGACAAACUUGAAAUCACGUUCCGCAACUACGGACUGGAAGCUAUAGAGUGCGCGGACAAUGGCGACGGUAUACCUGAUUCGAAUUUUGACUCGCUAGCUCUGAAGCAUCACACGUCGAAAAUCGAGGAAUUUGAGGAUUUGACGCGAGUGACUACGUUCGGGUUCCGAGGGGAGGCGCUCGCGUCGAUCUGUGCGAUGGCAAGCCUCACGGUGAUUACAACGCAGAAGGGGCCGAAGGCACACAAGCUCGAGUAUGAUUCGCAUGGGCGCUUGGUGAAGAAGACGGUGACGUCGCGCAACAAGGGCACGACGGUUCAGCUGCGACACCUGUUCAACAAUAUGCCAGUGCGCAAGAAGGAGUUUGUCCGCAACUUCAAGAAGCAAUUCGGCAAAUGCGUGACUCUCCUACAGAGCUACGCUCUCCUGUCCGAAAACUGCAGGCUGUCGAUAUUUAACGUCAAUGCAGCGGGUAGCAAGUCGCUCUUACUGUCGACACCCGGGAGGAACGAUAUCUCGAAGAACAUUCUAACCGUCUUUGGCUCCGAUGGAAUGCACGGGCUGCAGAAGGUCGGGCUGCAUCUUGAUUUGAAUGAGUAUAAAGAGAAAAUGUUGAAGAAGUACAGUGAAGAUUCUACGUUGGACGAUGCUGACCAUAGAAUAGCUGUCACGGGUUAUAUAUCGCGUGCCUCUUUUGGCUGUGGCCGCAGCGGCAAAGACCGCCAAUUCAUCUACAUUAACAAACGACCCGUUGACUAUCCACAAGUCCUGAAGUGUUGCAAUGACAUAUAUCGAAGCUUCAACAACGUCCAGUAUCCCGUCAUUAUUCUAAAUUUUGAGCUCUCCCCGCAGUUUGUAGACGUGAAUGUGACUCCGGAUAAGAGGACUGUAUUGCUUCACAAUGAAGAGUAUGUCCUCCAAAGUUUAGCAGAGAAACUGGACGGGCAUUUUAACGAACAGGAGCUCAUGCUGCCUAAAUCUUUACCGUCACUGCCAGUCCCACAUCAAGACUCCGAGUUGAAGGUCAAAAGGCGCAAACUCGUUCCCAGCCAGGAGCUGAUUGGGACAUUCGAAGACGAUCACCUACAUAAUACUACCACAUGUUCCGAGAUUACUGCAUGCUCCCAGCCUAUGGAAGAAGAAAGUUCUGUCAUCGUGGCCAUAGAUGAUAUUGACGAAUGCGAUACUAGUAGCGCCCAAGUAUUGGAUCCUAGUGUAGAGCCACCCACAGAAAUAGAACCUGCAACGCCAGCCGAGAUUUUACCUCAGCCUGAUGUACCAGUCCCGGCCAAGCCCGCUGCUAAAACUACAGGGAGGACCACACGUUCUACCCAGAGGACUCUCAAUGCAUACCUUCACAAGUCGCCGGAACCAAUGGCCUAUAGCCAAAGUCAGGAACCAUCUAAAGAACCAGUAUUAAUAAGCAUCGGAAGUAAAACCCUGGAAGAGACUGCGCAGCUGGAGAAUAACAAACUACUUUUUGUUCAAGAUCCUACAAAUGAGGACCCUUCUAGCCCGAAGAGAGAAACAUAUCUGACGACAAGGGAUAUGCAUGCAAGAAGAGACGUAGGGACUGAGGACGAACUAGAGCCAGGUAACCGCACGUAUGCAGAAGAGAGUCAGGAAGAUAUGUCAGAUAGAGCGGCGCCACUUGAGUUUAUGUCUGACAAGAAGUCUCGUCCAUGCAAUUCCUGCUCGGCGGAAAACGAAGAUUCAACUUUUGGAGGUACGGCUCCACCAGAAUCACAAAGAACACAAUCUGUUCCAGAUCGUAAGCCACUUGUUGGGAAUGCAUUACCUGAAACGCAAUGCCUAGUGACAUGCAUAAAUGCUAAUCUUGAGAAAAUAGUGGAGACAAUGCAAGUUAUUUCUGAGCAAGAUCGUUCUUCCAAUCAUACUACAAGUUAUUCUAGGAAUGAGGACUUCGAGGACGCUAUAAAUGCGGAGAACUAUCUUACCCUUACAGUUUCGAAACGCGACUUCAAGGAGAUGUCUAUUAUUGGGCAAUUUAAUCUUGGCUUUAUAAUCGUUGCUCGCAGGGCCGAAAACAAGCAUGACCUUUUUAUCGUUGAUCAACAUGCCAGCGAUGAAAAGUAUAACUUUGAAAAUCUACAGAAGAGUACGGUUUUUAAUUCGCAGCACUUGAUUAAACCACUCACUGUUGAGUUAAGCGUAAUAGAUGAACUUUUGGUUUUGGAGAACUUACCACUAUUUAAAAAGAACGGCUUUAAGAUUCGUGUUAAUGAAGCACAGAAGCAGGGCAGUCGCAUAGAGCUCACCGGCAUGCCCACUUCAAAGCAAACUAUUUUUGACAUUGAAGAUUUCUAUGAGCUGCUUUCUCUUCUAAAAGAGUGCGAUGGUGUCAAUAAAAACUCGAUCGCGUGUUCUAAGAUUAGGAGCAUGUUUGCCAUGCGAGCUUGUAGAAUGAGCAUCAUGAUUGGUAAGCCGCUAACUCGUCGCACGAUGACUGAAGUUGUGCGAAAAUUAAGUGAGCUUGACAAGCCAUGGAACUGUCCCCAUGGAAGGCCGACAAUGAGACAUCUCAUGGAACUGAAGGACUGGAAAUCCUUCCAAGAUGAUUAUGAUUUUUAG